UCCGUCAAGCUGCCUUUUGCAGAUCUUGCCUGCGUCCUGAAUGCCGCUGCGGAUGUAGAGGAACAGAUCCGUGCAAGCAGGGCACCCAGCGCGUGAAACCCUCGAUUGUCUUUCGGUGUUCCUUCGGAUACAAUUGAUUGACCUUAGCUGUCACUGAACUGACAAGCAGCCGGUUCUUGAUUGAGAAAGAUUUUGAGACCUCCAAAGAUGGCACCUCCGGCAGCCCUGGGCCAGGUGCGUCUGCUGUUCUGAACUGACACACGACACGAGGCGGGACAUCCACACGCUGUAUGUUUCUCUGUGUGAUCAUGCAUUGAUUGAUUGAUUCCUCCAAUGCAGGCACUUCCCGGCCCUUUGGUGACAGAGGAGCCUCUCUUCGGCAUCAGCCACAUCAGCACUGAAGUGGUACGCCUUGACCCUGCUACAUGCCAUACAUCCUAUGCCAUGCACCCGUCUCUGGCUUCUCUCGCUCUGUGUGUGUGUUUCAUUCAGAGGAAUGUGUGGUACCCGAUCGCUGUUGAGCAUGAGGUGCCGCGAAAGAGCGCGACGACCCGGCCCAUUGGCACCCGGCUGCUUGGGGAGCCCAUAGCCAUCUUCAGGGACGAGCACAACGUCGUGCGCUGCCUGGCCGACAGAUGCCCGCACAAGAACGGUCCGUCACGGUGGUAGCACGGAAACACAUCCCUGCGUGUUGCCCGCCUGCCUGGCUGCAGCCAAGUUGUCUGUUGGGCGCGUUAUGGAUGGGAAGCUCGAGUGCUUCUAUCACGGCUGGCAGUUUGAUAGCAAGACGGGCGAGGUCGACCACAUCCCCUUCCUGCUGCCUGACAAACAGAUACCCCCACAGGCUAAGAGCAAGGUCUAUCCGUGUGUGGAAAAGUACCAUCUCAUCUGGGUGUGGCCAGGUCAGACAGACAGAGACGACAGACAGACAGGCCCUUCAACCGGCCGGGCACUUUGUGACUGACAGCCUGGAUGGAUGUGGUGUGCAAUCAGGUGAUGUUGACAAGGCCGACGAGAGUUUGAUUCCCUGCUACCCUGAGUGGCUCGACAGCAAGCUCAACUUCUGGGGCCAGACGACCGAGAUGCCAGUGGACCAUGCCCUCUGGGUAGAGAACCUCAUGGAUCUGGCGCACACGCCAUUCGUGCAUGACGGCCAGUUCGCCAGGCGGUCGCAGGGGAAGCCACUUCGCUACGACACGAGAGCGACCAAGAUCGGCCUCAAGGUGAGAUCGGCACCAGAUGGGCGAGGGAGGGUCCUGCUUCCUCAAGGCGGCUUUCAUUCCUCUCUCUCUCUCUCUCUGUGUGUGUGUGUGUGUGUGUCUGUGUGUGUGUGUGUGUGUGUGUGUGUGUGAUAUCAGGCCGACGUUGAGUUCAUCGGUGCUGCGAAGCGCGACCCCAAGCAGGCGACGGAGUGGGUGGCGCCCUGUACCAGCAUUGUCCGCAUCAACUUCCCGUCUGGCCGAUUCCUCCACAUCUUCUUCUACUCCAUCCCAAUGGGUAAUGAUACACACAUAACAUGCGUCUGUCUACCUGCAGCACCAUGCUCACUCUUGCGUGGUAUGCUAUGCGUGUGUGCACUGCAGCGCCCGGAAUGACCCGGUUUGUGACGACGUUCUAUAGGGACUGGGGUCAUACUCUCAGUUGGAUGGGUCGACUCGUCACGCACACGCCCCUCCGACACAUGGCGUUCCUCGCCAGCUCCGCAGUGCAAUUCCAGGACAUGAUCGCUGUAAGCGACACACACACCGACCGCACCGUCAGUCAUGAGUGUUGGUCAUGGAUGCUUGUGUGUCGGUUCGGUUGCCGCUGCUGUCGUCAGAUGACGUCACAGACACGCAACAUGAAGGAGGGGGCACCAUCCCUGUCUGUGCCCAUACAGGUCAGCCGGCCAGCAAGGCAACGACGGCAGGCGCCAUGGUUGGUUGAUGUGUGUUCCUCCCCGUGCCCUGCCCGUCUGUGGUGUGGUUCUUCCCAUCCCAUCAUGCAGUGUGACGAGAUGGCGCUCAUGUACCGACGAUGGUAUCAGAAGGCUUUCAUGAAAGACGUCUGGUGGAAGGGGUAAGUACACACACGCACACACACACACACAUGCAUGUGUGUGGGAUAUGCGUCAGUCACGUCUGUGUCCAUCCUGCACUGUCCAUCAGUUGGACCGGCGAUUUGGACAUCGAGGACCUCACCGAGUCCGUCGGCCACUCGUGCUUCGGGGCCGACUCAUGCGGCCAGUACGAGCGCGACAUCUCCCGUGCACACAACGCCCAGCCAUAUGUGGAGCGGUGGGCCUUUCUGCACCACAAGGCGGACCCUUUCAAGCCAUCGUGGGCUGGGCAGGCGGCCCUUGUGCUGUCUGCCGGCGCUAUUGGGGCGCUGGGGGCGGUGGUGGCCGUGCGGAUGGCCAAGGCUGCUUAGACGGAUAGAUGGCUGGAUGGAUGUGUCCGUGGUGUGCUGCCGUUAAUGCAGCCAGGCUGCACUGACGGACGGCCGUUAAUGCAGCCAGGCUGCACUGACGGACGGACGUGGCAGUGACGAUGAACGGAAGAAAGCCUUUCAUGCUAUGUGGUGUGUUGUGUUGUGUACUGGAUAGUGCGCUACCUGCCAUUUGCCGUGCUGAUCUAUCUGCCUUUUUCGUUGAUGCGGACUGACUGGCUGAUGGAUGGCAUACACACAUGCAUUCAUAGUGUACCUUAUGCCAUUUUCCUGGAGACCAUUAUCCACUCUUUCGCACAGACUCGCCGACAUGCGUGCACUGCACGUGGUGUAUACUGACUGCGGUGCCAUACGGCAUACUGCCUGAUACAUACCCGGCCCGAACUGUGCUCAUCCCUCAUCUUUUUGAAGGCCAGACCAGGGCAGUGAGUUAGUGGCGUGUUUGUGGAUGUGUGUGUGUUGACGCCACUGACUAAUUCAUUUGAACACGUCGACACAUGGACACGUUGAGCGCGUGGAUGGCUGGAUGGGUGGAUGGCUCAUGUGCGUGCGGUGACGGACUCUCAGAGAAGACAAGAUGCUGUGGUGUGCGUCAAAAUAUCGAGUAGCAUGUCAUUGAUUGAAGUACUGAGUGAGU